AUGGACACUAACACCAAUGAUCCAGAACCUCAAACAACUGACCAAAAUCAGAAUGGAAUUGACACAAUAAUUGGAAGAAAUUUGGAACGCUUCUCAGCAUUCUUUAGGGAGUUUUCAACCGGUACAACAACAACUGGGGAAGGGAUUAUAAUAGAUACAAAAGCACAACAACAACCAGAAGAAGAUAAAAGAAUAUUUAUAUUAGGACAAGAAUUCCAAAAUGCUCAAGAUGCAGAUACAUUCAUUAGUUCACAAGUUUGGUUAUCGUAUAGAUGUGGAUUUGAUCCAAUUGUUAAAGCAGAAGAUGGUCCACUGCCAAUCUCAUUCUUUCCAUCUAUUGUAUUUAAUAAAGGCAUUUUUGCCAACUUUGCCAAUUUGAGAAGCUUAUUGGAUAAAGAGAAUUUUAAUUCCGAUGCUGGAUGGGGAUGUAUGAUUCGAACAUCUCAGAAUUUAUUAGCUACCGCAUUGAUAAGACUUGCUACAACAACUGCGGAUAUAGAUAAGGACGUGAUUGGGUUGUUUCAAGAUAAGAAGGAUGCACCAUUUUCAUUACAUAAUUUCAUAAGAGUAGCUGGUGAACUGCCAUUGCAAAUCAAACCGGGACAAUGGUUUGGUCCAAAUGCUGCAUCACUUUCAAUCAAGAAAUUAAUUGAUGAAAUUAAAGAUAAUCAAAAUGGAAAUAUCAAAUAUCCUAAUGUAUUCAUAAGUGAGAAUUCCGAUUUAUAUGACGAUGAACUUAAACAAUUGUUCAAAAAUGGUACUGAUAAUUCAAGUGUAUUAGUAUUAUUACCGAUGAGAUUAGGAAUAGAACAAGUAAAUGAAUAUUAUUAUGAAAGUAUCCUACAAUUAUUAAGAUGUAAGUAUAGCGUUGGUAUAUCUGGAGGUAAACCAUCUUCAUCAUUUUAUUUCUUAGGUUAUCAAAAUCAAAGUCAAUUAAUAUAUUUUGAUCCUCAUGUUUCUCAAUUAUUUGAAGAUCCAAUAAACUAUCAAUCAUAUCAUACCAAGAAUCAUCAAUAUCUAGAUAUAAACGCAUUAGACCCAUCGAUGAUGAUUGGAAUAUUACUUAAAGAUGAACAAGAAUAUCGAGAUUUUAAGAUAUAUUGUCGUGAAAAUGGAAAUAAAAUCGUAUAUUUCCAUCCACAAAUGACUCCAAUACAAGAUGGAACUGUUGGUCAAUCAUGGGAAGUUGUAGACCAACCUGAUGAUGACUUUGUCAAUUUGAAUUUAAUGAAAUCUAAUCAAGAUGAAGAUGAAGAAGAAGAUGAGUUUGUAGAUUUAGGAUAG